UACUUUUUGACCUAUACAUAGCCAAUUUUCAACUAAACCUUUACUAUAAAUACUCAUCCAGGUCCUCAACAAUUCCAUUCACCACCAACUUAUUCUUAUUGCUUACAAUAAUCAAUUAAGCAACUCUCUUUCAAUUUGGUCUUUUUUCAAAUGGCUCCUCUUCAAGUUCUUGAAAUAUUUUUCACGUUUUUAAUCUUCAUGCAAGUUUAUUUGGGAAAUGCUCAAAGUUUCAUCCAAUCUCGAGCUGCUUAUUAUCCAAAUUCAGAAGAAAAAGGAACAGAAACUGGGGCAUGUGGAUUUGGUACUUUUGGAGCAACAAUCAACGGUGGAGAUGUAUCAGCUGCAUCUGAUCUUUAUCGAGAUGGUCUAGGAUGUGGUGCAUGCUACCAGGUGAGGUGUACAAACAGUAAUUACUGCUCAGAUAAUGGAGUUACUGUGGUAAUUACUGACCAUGGAGCAAGUGAUAGGACUGACUUUAUUCUAAGCCAACGAGCUUUUUCUCGCAUGGCUCAAACAAAAGAUGCUGCUGCUUCUCUAUUAUCACUUGGUCAUGUGGGUAUUGAGUAUAGAAGGGUUUCCUGCAGCUACCCAAACAAGAAUAUUACAUUCAAGAUUGAUGAGAGCAGCGAUAAUCCUUAUUAUUUGGCUUUUGUUAUAUGGUACCAACAAGGCAAAACAGAUAUUACUGCUGUGCAAUUGUGUGAGACACAAAAUUUUGUGUGCAAGUUACUGGAUAGGACACGUGGAGCAGUUUGGACAAGUUCUUCACCUCCAAGGGGACCAUUGCAAAUAAGAAUGCUAUUGAGUUCUGAUGAUGGAGAUGAAACUUGGGUUGUUCCUGUCAACAAUAUACCUGAGAAUUGGAAAGGUGGUGAAACAUAUGACUCUGGAAUACAAGUGAAUUAAUAUUGUUUGUUGAUUGCAUUUGUCAUAAAAAGUCUAAUAGAGAACUUGGUAAUUAUUUAAUAUUUGAUUGUUGAUUACAUUUAGCAUGAUUUGAUGUAAAAGUCGAAUACGGGUAAGUUUUUUAUCAAGAAAAUUACCCAAUUCAAUUAUUGUAUUGCCAACUAUUAAUAAAGUUUAAUUUUCUUAUAUA